UUAAAAUUUGGUAUUUCAAAAGCCGGAGCUAUAACUUAUUGGAUUUGCGUGUGAAAUGCGUAUAACGUUUUUCAAUUUUAAUAAGAAAAAUGUUUAACAAAGUUCUACAACGAGCUCUAAAAUUUCGUUUGAAAAAGAGUUAUCCUACUAAUAUUUAUGAUUUGAAUAGAGGAGCGGCGAUCGCUGUUCGCCGUCCGUAUAGCGAUGAAGUAAAACGGGCUCAAGCUUCUAGCGUAGCAAGUCCGGGUCCAACUAUAUUCGACAAAAUAAUUUCCAAAGAAAUAAAAGCUGAUAUAAUAUACGAAGAUGAAUUUUGCCUGGCGUUUAACGAUGUUUCUCCUCAGGCGCCGGUUCACUUUUUAGUCAUACCAAAGAAAAGAAUUCCUAGAUUGCAAGAUUGCGAAUCUUCUGAUAAAGAGCUACUUGGUCAUCUAAUGAUAGUGGCAAGGUCCCUUGGUGGAGAACGAGCUCCAGCUGGGUGGAGGUUGGUGAUUAAUAAUGGCAGACAUGGAGCUCAAUCUGUCUACCACUUACAUUUACAUGUACUUGGUGGACGUCAGAUGGGAUGGCCACCUGGCUAAGUUGAAUCAUGAGAAUGGAAUAAGUAAAAGAUGUUAAUUAGGGUAAAUAAAAAUUGGCAUAUUUAUGGAAAUUUCAAUAUAUAUAUUUGAUUUUGACUAAAUGGAUGUUUCGAUGAACAGAGACCAAUAUAAUUUGCUGUUACUAAUGCAUAUAAUACUACUCUUUUAAUUUUUAACAUAACAUCUAUAAUGAAAUGUAGGACAAUAUUGGAAUGUUAUCUAUAAAUUCUGAAGGUUAAAAUUAUUUAUCUUGUUUGUUUAAUGAUAGAGCUAUUUCUUUGCUUGAGAAACAUGCUUCUGUCAAUUUAACUUAAAUAAAAUUCUUUAUUUGGACUACUUUCUGUAGUUUUAGCUUAGAGAAUAAAAGUUUCAAUUUAUUCUGUUUGCCCCAAUACUAUGUAAGUAUUUGUACCAGGCAGACAUUAUAAAACAAUAAAGUGAGACCAGUCAAUCUCUGGUAGGCAAAACAAGGCAAUAAAACAAUUGCCUAUAGGAAAAAAUAUUAUUCAUCAUAGUAAAUUAUGAAAUCUAAUGAUCUCCACCAUGGAUACAGAUAGCACUUCAAAUACAAUACAACUUUUUCUCAACUUUUCCCAUAUAAGUUGUCCACUCUUUAUUAUAUAAUUUACAUGCUCAAAACAUACUAAAGAUUUAUAAGGCCAUUUUAGUAUUUAGUGCAAUAAAUCAGCCAAAUUAGUAUAAGGAUUUUAUUUGCAAUUGAAUUACUUUAAAUAAUGUAUAAAGUUAUGUAAUUUUUAAUUAUAAUUAUAACACUACAGUUUGAUAACAGCCAGUGAUGAAAUCUAAAUUUUUGUUUACAUUAACUUUACAAAAUUUUCCUAGUGUUUCUUUAAUUUAAUAUUUUCUGGGAAAAAAUAAUUUUAAAAGAUACUGUAAAACAUAGAUUAUAUUAUAAACUAUACCGUUAUUAGCUAGCGUAAAAAGCCAAAAACAGACUGUAAUUAGAUGAAUCUCAAAAUAUAACAGUCAGAUUGAAAAACAAAUCUAGUCAUGACUUAGUCUUCUUUUUAAUGAAUGUUACUAAUAAAUGAAUAUUUUAAUAGUAUUAAAUACAAAAGUAUAAUUUUAAACCACAUUAAGGGAAGGUGCAAUAUUUUCAAUUUUAUAUUCUGUUUAAAUAAGAUCAGUUAAAAAUGAUAUUUACUAUUGAAGACUGGUUUCGAAUUGACUAUACAUUCUUAUCUGGUUUCCAUUAUUUCGACGUUUCAAGUAAUUUAUAAAAAAGGAAGAAGUUUAAAAACACCCCAACUUUUACCGAAAUUAUUGUAAAUUUAUGUAUAUAUAUAUAUAUAUAUAUACCUUAUCAUAUUGUGCCCAUACAUCAAGAUUAUUAAAUAUAUUAUGUUCGCAUCUUCCCUUCUUUUUAAUCCAUGCUAUAUUUAUCAUGUAUUUAUAUUACUUUUAAAACGAAAUAUAAGUAAUUGUUUUUUAUAUGGAAAAAAAUUUCAUCUUUUUUAUUAGAAAUAUUCAUUAAAAUUUUCACAAUCUGGAUUAAUAAUUUCGCCACUGUGUGUUCGUCAAACUGUGGUAUUUGUGGUAUAUUUAAAAAUCGUUAAAAAAUUUAAUCUCAUUUUGUUAAUCCACACAAUGUUACAAAUUACAUCGAUGUUAACUUGUGAGAAAUUAGGAACUAUUUUUUGUAAUAAUAUUAAAAAUAACUUCUAAUUAUCAUACAUUUACAAAUUUAUAUGCUAAAAUAAUUAAAAAAGGGGAAUAUUAGGUAUAGAAUGGUGGUUAAAAAAAAUAUUGGUUGUGGGUGCAGACAAAUAAGUUUCAAACGUUUUUGUAGAAAAAUGUUGAGAAUCAAUUUGUAUCUUGCUCUUGAGUACGUUUCGAAUUUAAUUAUGUAUUAAAUUCUGUAACCAAUUACAAUAAAGUUUCGUUUUACC